GUUGUUGCCCUCCUAGUGAUACUCAUUAGCUGGUAUUUAUGGAGGAGAACUUCCGAAGGUUCAAGUUCGAACUCUGGAGAAGAACCAACCGCUUCGGGUUUUGAGAAAAUAGAGUCGCCGACAGCUGAGCAGAAGAAUGAUGAUGAUGAGACAGUAACAUUUGAAGAGGCUACCAACUUUCUGCAAGGUGCAGGCCUUAUAAAGUCUAAAGACAUCAGGUACCUUCAAGAAGGUGAAAGAGAAGACAUUAUAAGAGAGAGUAGUGAUCAGCCUCUAUCGGAGAAGGAACAGAGGCAAAAGAUCAAAGAAAUGGCAGUGAAAGAGGCUUCUAACAUCCAGACCCUAUACAAGUCAUCUCGACUGGGUAUCAAAGAAGUUGAAAGCCAAAUGAGUGAGGAGGAACUGGAUCAAGAAAGAGAGAUGCAGAGGAAACAGCUUGAGGAAAUUUUCAAGCUUCUGGAGACUGAUAAGGACAAGUAUGGUGUAACAACAAUGGAUGAUCUUCAAGCCCAAAUGAAGUUAUAUACAAGAUAGUAUUAUUAAAACUACUGUUAAACUGAAGCCAAAAGGCUGGUUGCAUUAGCUGCCAAUGGAUAUAAUUAUUAUGGCUCUUUCUUGUAGCUAUUCACCACCAGUAAAUAUACAGUCACCAGCCAAGCAGAACUUAUCUUCUGACUGACGACUUUUUGUUUUCUGUUUUGGACCAAACUUGAAGAAAAGAUUAAUUUAAGAUUAAUUUAAAAUUCCCAACUCUAAAGUGAGUUGGGAAUGUAAACCAACACGUGUACUGAAAAUGUAAAGUGAUUUAAGCCUUCAUUUGGUACUUCUUCCUUUUAUACUUUUUUUACUAAAAUGCAAAAUGUGACUUCUUAGCCACAGUUGAAGAUGUUGCAUUUCAUUUGAAAAUUGGUAAUUUUAACAUUAAUAUUUGUAAUAUUUUUUAAAUUUAAUAGUUGUCUUAUUUAUUUAACUUACUACCACAUGUUAAUACAGGUGAUGGUCUAACAUAGAUAAUAUUUAAGACUGUACAUAAAAUUUGCAUCUUGAAAAAAGUAUGAUGCCACGGCUUCUUCUACAUUUCAGUAAUAUAUAUAUUUAGAUACUUGCAUUUAUGCAUAAUCUGAUGCAAAUGCAUCACUGGGAGAGGUUUAACAUUUUUUUGAUCCCAAGCUGCUUGUAAAACAGUUUUUACUCAUGUUAUAUUUGAGUUGGAAUGUAUAAUUUAUCUUAACAGUACUGCCCAAAGGUAACGUGGGAGCCUUUGAAUCACAAAAGAUAAAGGACAAGAGAGAGGAGAAACACAAGGCAACAACUUGAUAACAAAGGCAAAAUGCAAUGAUGAAUAACACAUUUCAAAGGGUUUAGGCAAAAAUGCACCAACCCGUUGGGGAGUUUAAAACAUGUUUGAUAGUUUUGCUUAUCUGCGAGUGGUACUGUACUGUUACAAAUUAACUCUUAAUGAUGGCUUCUUUAUUAUGUAACACUUGUUCCAUUGCUAAAAGAUGUACAUAAUAGUUACCAUCACCUUGAUGGUAGACUGUUCACAGCCUUCAAUUUUCUUGUAUUUUUGUUUUUUUUGUUUUUUUUGUUCAUUGAGUGUGUGCAUAGAAUCACAAGAGAACUGAACGCCAGCCCAAAACAGGAGACUCGACGGGGUAGGGGUUGGGGACUGCGAUUGCGCUCACAAUUUCCUUCGCGUGCUAUGAAAAAUAGAGAGACAGUGAACAGUCUACCUUGAUUCUCUUUUUGACAUCAUUCUGUUAGUUACCUAGAAUUCCCAACCAAUAGAAGAACCAACAAUAACAACAAAAGCAUGAUCUACAACAUUUUUAACUCUUCUGUACCCAGUCUAGUUUUUUAUCAGCCAUGCAGAAUAAGCAUGAGUAUGUCAAAAGGAACAAAUAUUUAUUGUUGAUUUAUUAAAUUAAAUGCAACUUACCUCAGUGUUAUAUGUUUGGCAAUGUUGGGUUAAUAAUGGUGAUAGGACUGAGGUGAGUCCAAUUCAGACUGUUACCAGACCCAUCAGAAGCUGUGUCUACUGUCCUGAUAUCCUGUGACAUCAAGUCACUGACCUGACGUGGCCUCGGUAUCAUGCUCACUUGGCUGUAUUUGGGUAUGGUAAAUACCUAAUUAUACCUUUUUGAUAUGUUUCAGUGGCAUUUCAGGUUUGUUUGGUCUCACCAUGGGUAUUUUGGCUCAACGAUGUCUUGCCAAAAUACGAACCAUGGCUCAACCAAACUGGCCUGACAUGCCGCCAAAGCAUAGCAAAAAGAUAUGAUUACGUAUAAUAGCUAUACAAAGUCAUUUGAUGAACACAAUUGGACAACCUCACAACAGAAGUCCAAAUUGUUAAUAUUGAGUAUAAUGAAAUGCAGUUUUGGAUGACCCAUAGGUCUAUUACAAAUUGGUUUGUAAGCAAUAUUCUAGAACUUUGGCAUACCAAUUAACUUUUGAAUGCUGAACUUGUGAAAUGAUUUGAAAAAAGUAGAUUUGAAUUACAUAAAUUUACGUUUGAUACGUGAUGUUCAUAAUAUUGUUGACAUCAUUAAAAAUACAAACUUUUCGA